CCAAUCAGACCCAGUAUCCGGCACGUACUUGGGAGGAAGCUCAGGCGAUGCUCUCCCUCCCAAUUCUCAACCCAUUAACCACGACUCGAUUGCUAUCGUUCCCGUCCAUCGUGGCAGCUUCUGGGGACUCCCCAGAUCGACCGCGAAUUCUAGACCGGACUGCCCCUUAAACGGGCCAUCACCUGGCUGUUGCUUUCUCAAACCAAAACUCUCCAAGAAACUUCAAUCAAACCGUUCCCGCUCACACCCAGGACACCCAUCCAGCACCAAUCAUCUCGAGUCAAGCACAGCACGUUGGACAAAGAGGCCAUGCAUGUGGUAGGUAGAUUUUUAUCCGCAGCCCUCGCACAACCGUAUGGGCGACCAGAUGUACGGAAUUCGAUGCAUUUUGAGGCCUCAAGGAACACGCGAGGGGCCCUAGUAGCCGACACGUUUGGUGUGUCUCGAGGCGAUCAAUCUACGCCAUCUCGCGUGGGACCAUGCCAGUGUCACAGCCACGGCCCAGCCUGGCGGGAUUCGCCGCUAUCGACGUUAAGCUUAGCUUUUCCCGGGGCUUCUCCAGGUUCUGGGCUUCGGAUGCGUCUCUUUCCUUCCCCGGAUCAGCUUCCCCCAUCAAAUAUCAUAUCAAUACGGGGUCUUGAUCGUAAGCAACCAUUAGUCUUGGUGAAAGAGAUUGUUUUGCUGGGUCAACGACCACGAGGGCAAUGGAUCAAGCCGAAGCUGCCAUGGAUAACAAUCAUUCGACCGGAUGGCGCCAAAAAUGACCAUCUCUACGAAACGAGAUGAGGCAUCUCAGCUGCCAAGGAGAAAUGCCCAUGGUCUGCCUUGUAAGUUCAAACCCCGUUGACAGAAGCCGUGGACACUUCCCGUACGGCGCAGAGCACCAACCCCGCCAGGCCAAGUCGCAGAGACAAGACUUCCGAACCC